UGCGCGCUCCCGCGGUCAAGUGUAAGCGCACCCGACAAGUGGAGACACACACACACAUACACACACACACACACACACACACACAGAGUGAAGAUGGCGAUGAGAGCAGCGCUGCGGUGCCUCUCUGCAAACUUUUCUCCCAGACUGCCUCAACUCUCGUCGGCGGCGCAGCUUCCAGCGACCCGGCUGCUGUGGAGGAGCGACUUAGCGCGGACACUGAGGACCAGCUCGGCCCUGUCCACAGCCCUAAAGUUCACAGAUAAGCACGAGUGGGUGCGAGUGGAAGAUGGAGUUGGCACAGUGGGUAUCAGCAAUUAUGCUCAGGAAGCAUUAGGUGAUGUGGUUUACUGUGGACUCCCAGAAAUUGGCCAAAGACUUGAACAGUUGGAGGAGUUUGGUGCCUUGGAAAGCGUAAAGGCUGCCAGUGAGCUAUACUCUCCGCUGACAGGAGAAGUGACUGAAAUCAACACAGAGCUGGCAGAGAAUCCUGCACUUGUGAAUAAAGCCUGCUAUGCAGAGGGGUGGCUAAUCAAGAUGACCAUUGAAAAGCCAGAGGAACUCGAUGGCCUCAUGGAUCAAGCUGCAUAUGAUAAAUUUACUAAGUCACUUGAAGAAUAAAUGGAUGAACUGACUGUGCUGUUUUUGUAAUGUCAUUGAAAUCAAAGAUUAGUAGGCAGGGUUACUAACAUCUUGCGUGACACUCUUUCUUAUCUGUGGUAUUUAUUUUGAUACUGGAAGUGUGCUAUCAAAAUAAUUAAAAAUCCUCAGUAACAUCUUCCACGUAGGUUAGGAUUUGUUUAGCUACUAGCUGACCCAACGGGCUCUUAAUCUCAACAUCUGUCAGUGAACGUGUUCCUCGUGUUUUGCUCCAUGUGCAGAGAUGGAAAGUGAUUGUAAGAGCCGUGUCACAUUCAUAUAAUAAAAGUUUGGUCCUUA